CCACGAAUGAAGAAGCUGAGCAGGAAGACACCAGCACCAUGCGAACACAUGAGAUUCAAGAGGCGGAGGGCGACGUGGUGCUUGGUCUGUACAAGGCCGUGUACCUCGGCACAGUGCCCAUGAACAAGCCUGCAGAUGUGCCUGUGGACAACUUCACCGUCUCCUUGUGCUUUGAUCAGUGCAAGACGCUCAACCAAAUCCCACGCAAGGUGUACGUCGGCGUGUCCAGCCGACAAGUCACCACCUGGGGCCGCAAAACACACAACAGGCUGCAGAGAACCCCGCUCGAGCACAUUGUGUACUCUGGCCUGUUGCACAGCGACCACUCCAUGUUUGCGUAUGUGUCCGAGGAUCCAGACAUCCGCAUCACGCUGUGCCACAUGUUCACCAUCAAGGAAAAGGCCCGCCUCCUUCCAGCAACCAUCGCAAAGGCGUUUGAAGUGCUCAAGGAGCAAGCUUCCCUCGGCGAGGAUGCAGCUCACGAGCGCGUGGAGGAAAUCAAGGUGAAGCCGCUGACAACCCGCACAGCCCGCCGGGCCGCCACCACCUCUGCAUCCCACGCUACCGCUACCGCCACCGCCAGCAGCAGCAGCAGCAGCAGGAGUGCCCGUGGCGACAGCUCUGAGAAGAAAGGGGCGUUCCAGCGCCUGAAGCGCCGGUCGCUCAACUUGCUGACGCGGCAGAAGGGCGAAGCGGACAUUGAGCCGACCUCAUCGUCCAUGCCAGGAUCAUCAACAGCGCUCACGGGCAGCGAUGCACCCGAUGCCACGCAGCAGCAGCAGCCAUCGCCGUCCUCGUCAUCAGGGCCAGCAGAGGAGACAAAGACGCGCGCAGCAACAACAAGCGCCGGUAGCAAGAAGGCGCACGGCGACGGCAGCGCUGGUGAUGAUGACACCGCUGCUAACAAGGAAGCGGCGAAGAAAGAUGAGAGUGCCAGCGCGGCCGCCAGCAAUGUUCGGUCCAUGGGCACGUUUGUUGCCAAGCUGCUCGGGUCCACCAACGUCAAGGCCAUGAAGGGCCCAGACGCCAUUGACGAGGCCCUCACAGACCUCGGCAUCAUUGGCAAGAAAACGGACAAGAAGAAGCGGCGAUCAUCGCGUCGCCUUGCCGGCGAUGGGGUCCUGCUUGCCGUCACCAACGAGGCCAUUCGCAUUGUGGACCGCCUGUCCUCCCGCGUCAUGGACAACUGCUUUAUUCGCAGCGUCACGUACACCACCGCAGGCAUUCUGGACAAGCGCCGGGACUUUUUCGCGUUUAUUCAGCGCGACGCCCGCACGGACUCAAACAAGUGCUUUGUCUUUGAGGUGCAGAACGGCAUGGGCGAGAACAUCUGCAAGAUUGUGUCCAAGGCGUUCCAGGCGUUUUCGCAGGAGGUGGAGACGGCGAAACCGUUUGUGAGCGACAGCGCCAACGAGGAGGAAGAGCUGCCGGCGGCGCUGCGAGAACUCCAGAUCAACAGAGAACAAAUCAUCGCCCUCAAGGUCCUCGGCUCCGGCGUCUACGGAAAGGUCUACCUUGCCGACCAGAAGAUGGAGGACGGAGAGAAGGUCCAGCGAGCAGUGAAACUCCUGCGCGGAAAGUCGACUGCACGCGAACAGAAAAUGUUCUUGCGCGAAGUGCAAACCAUGAGCGAAUUGAGGAACGAGCAUCUCGUGUCUGUCGUCGGUCUGAACGUGACGCAGAAGCCGUGGCUGUGCGUGCUUGAGUUUAUGCAAUACGGCGAUCUCUCGGGCGUGCUUGAUGCAAUCCAGGCCAAAAACAUUGCCCUCUUCGACACAGAGAAGCUCCACUUUGCCCUGCAGAUUGCACGCGGCAUGAAGUUUGUGGCCGAGAAGCGGUAUGUGCACAUGGAUCUGGCUGCACGCAACUGCCUGCUGCACACGGGGAACACGGUGAAGAUUGGCGACUUUGGCCUCACGCGCCCGUUUGACGAAGGCAAAGACUACUGGCUCAUGCGGGAGACACUGAAGCUGGCGGUGAAGUGGAUCCCGCCCGAUGCCCUCAAGUCGAAGCGCUUUGGCGAACCAACAGACGUGUGGGCCUUUGGUGUCUGUGCAUGGGAGAUCUUUUCCAUGGGCGCCACGCCGUUCAAGGAGAUCCCCGUGCCGGAGGUGCCUGCGCGUGUGCGCAAAGGCCUCCGCCUUCCGCAGCCAGUGGGCUGCCCCGACGCCGUGUACGCCACACUCAACAAGUGCUGGGCGAUUGACCCGGGCAAUCGGCCGACCUUUGCCGAGCUUGAGGCCGAGCUGAGCGAACACAUGUCGACGGCGGCGCAGACCUUCCCACCUGCGCGCGAUGUUGGAGAGCUCGUCAACCAGAAGCUGACAGAUGACGUGCGUCGCCUCUCCGUCUCUGUCGCCGUCCGCUCGUCAAAGUCGCACGCGUCCUCCACCGCAUCCGCUGCAGCAGCAAGGGUGCGAGCGCUGUCGGCGAUCAAGGACAAGCAAGCAUCAACAGCGGCCGCUACGGAGACGAGCGAGGCCGCACGCGCGGCUGCAGAGCAACAGCAGGCAGCCGGUGCAGAGACGACGCAAGACGCAGAGAAGGAAGGCGGAGUGGAUGCCGAGGGCAAAAGCGGCGAUGGCCGCACGUUCUCUGGGGCAUCGCGGUCUCGCAUGCGACUUCGAAGCGUUUCGCGCGCAGCGAUGAAGAAGAGCGCACAGGCAGCAAAGGCGACGCCGGGCGACGACAGCGCCAGCACGAAAGCAGAAGCGGUGCAGGCGGAUGAGAAGGAGAAACAGGGAGAGGAGGAGGAAGAAGAUGCAGCGAAGAAACCGGUGGAAGCAGACGAAGAAGGCGAGGAGGAGCCUGUUGUGACGAUGGCGGGGGAGCUUGUUCCAGAGGACACACCCGUCGACGAAGACGAAGUGACAGUUGACGAGGAGCAGGCGGACACGCUGCCCACGGUGGCAGCAGCGACGACUGCAGUUGGAACAGGCCUGAAGGCCGUGGCUGAAGAAGAGGAAGAGGAGGAGGAAGAAGAAGAAGAAAGGGAAGGUGAGCAGGGUGGAGAGAAGCCGGCCGCUGAAGGAGAGAAGAGCGUCACCGAAGCUGCCGCUGCGGAAACAGCAACAGCGGCACAAGGGAAAUCCGAGAACGAAGGGGGCGCGGCCGACGAGGAAGAGAAGAGGCCGGGGCACGCGAAGCAGGAACAGCAACAGGAGCAGCAACAGCCAGAGAAGGACCAGGUGUCAGAGAAAGAAGGACAAGACAAACCAGCCGAAAGGCAGGAGGAGGAGGAAGUUGGGAGCGAUGGGCUGACAGCGAAGCAGCGGGAGCGGUAUCGGCGCCUGGGGCUGCUGCCCUCCCAACAGGAGGCCGACACGCAGCAGGAGCACAGUCGCAUCUACCAAGCCCUCAACCCACAGCGCCUCUUCAAGGAGCAAACUGACCAGACGCGAGAAGUGCGUGUGCGGGAUCGGUAUCUGGAGCGAGAGCAGGCUGUUGGCGACGGCCCUGCCGAUGAUGCCGAUGAUGAUGGCGAGGGUGAUGACACGUUUGAUGCUGACGGCAUGAGCGGUAUCAGGCUGAGCCGUGGUGAUCGCGGCCUGUCCCGCUACACGUCAUUCAUGAAUGCGUACAAUGAUGCUGUCAUGGACGGUGACGAUGAUGAUGACGACGAUGAUGAAGACGAAGACGACGACGACGAUGACUUUGAGGGCGAUGCCUCUGCGCUUCCAGACUUUGGCGGGGAGCUUGAAGAGUACUUCCAAGCGCAGCGGACGCAGCGGGCAAAAGAGCAAGAGGAGCGGCGACGACAGAUGCAGGAGCAGUUCUCGCGGCAGCAGCAGGAGGAACAGGCUGCUCGCGAGUACGUGCUGAUGAAGAUUGACAAGGCAAAGGCCGCGGAGGACCAGAAGCGGCAGGCGACACUGCAGGAGACGAUGGAGGAGUCAAUGGAGCGUCUCAAGGACUUGGAGUUCAGCUUCACCUUUGCAGACUCAAGCGCGUGAACCCAUCCACCUUUCUCCUUUUGUUGCUUGUUGCUUGUUGCUUGUUGCUUG